AAUGCAUAAAUAACCACGUUUGACGACGCACGGGCUUAAAUAAUUAAUUUUCACUGUUGUUUUAGGCUUUCUUUCCUUUAAAUUUAUUUUGAAGAAGAAGUAUGCCACAUUUGGGAAAAGUAUGCAGGACAACGAAAACCAAACUAAGGAAGGGAAGCCUUUCUAUAACUAACAGGAAUGGUGGGACUGCUUAUGAAAUGCAAAGCUACUAUAGUGGUGAUGGUAGUGGUCGACGUGUUUUUUAUGGUGGAAAUACCAUGAUCGCAAUGGAAGUCCUUGGACAGGUGGCUAAUAAUUUUGAUGAAGAGAAUGUUUUAGGAAGAGGAGGAAUUGGCGUUGUAUAUAAAGGAGAAUUGCAUGACACAAAGAUUGCUGGGAAGAUGAUGGAAUCGUCAAACAUGGGUAACAAAGUGAUGAAUGAGUUUAAGGCUGAAAUUGCAGUUCUAAGUAAGGUCAAGCAGAUGCAUUUGGUUGCACUUUUAGCCUAUUGCGUAAAUGCCAAUGAGUGGCGGCAAUGAGAGGCUCCUGGUGUAUGUGUACAUGCCACAAGAAACUCUUGGACAACAC